GCAUGUACUCCUAAGCUAAAUUUGACUGUUUGCAUGGAUGACAGGCUACUUUCAAUAUCACUUUAAUGUAAAGCAGGUUUUAAAAUGAUGUUCUUAUGUGAACAGUAUAAAAAUGAAAAGCUCAUUAGUGUAAGUGCUUCUCCAAUACCAUAUGUAAAUUUAUUUCAAUGUCAGAAGGCUCAGUUUGAAAACAUGUUCACAAACUCUCACAUUUGUCUCCACAUCACUGACUCUACAUCCAGGGGACCAUGGAGAAUGUAUCAGCAGUGACGUCCUUCAUUUUGACAGCAUACACUGAACUGGAAGAUCACAGAUAUUUAUACUUCAUAUGUUUCCUUGUUUUAUACAUUAUGAUUAUAGUGGCCAAUUCAGUACUAAUAACAGUAAUAUACAUUGAGAGAGGUCUGCAUGAACCCAUGUAUUUGUUUAUAUGUAGCUUAGCAGUGAAUGGAGUAUUUGGGAGCACAUCUUUAUUACCAUCUAUGCUUGUCUUUUUGUUGUCUUAUAAUUAUGAAAUAUCUCUGACUCAUUGUUUGUUACAGAUAUAUUGUUUAUAUUCAUAUGCUUUUGUUGAAUUUACUAUUUUAGCAGCGAUGAGCUAUGACCGGUAUGUUGCUAUUUGUCACCCGUUACACUAUCACCUCCUCAUGUCUCCUAAGAAGCUAUAUGCAGCUAUUACAUUAUCCUGGGCGAUUCCCUUAAUUUACUUUGUCCUUUUUUUCAUAAUGACUUUUCAGCUGACAUUUUGUGGCAAGAUUAUUGAAAAAGUGUAUUGUGCCAAUUUUCCUUUAGUUAAACUGUCUUGUGUUGAUACGAAUGUUCAGUAUAUUGUUGGACUGGCAUUAACUUUUAUUUCACCUCUUUCUCAGAUCCUCAUGAUACUGUUUUCCUAUGGACAAAUAAUCAGAAUCUGCCUGUUUGCUUCUAAGGAAUCUCAGGCCAAAGCUAUUCGAACAUGCACCCCACACUUACUAACUGUGAUUAACUUUUCUGUGGGAGUCUUUUUUGAGGCCAUCCAGAGUCGUUUCAACAUGAGUCAUGUCCCUUAUAAAGCUCGCAUAUUCCUGUCCCUACACAUGGGCAUAUUUCCCCCAUUGUUAAAUCCUGUCAUUUAUGGAAUUAGCAAUCAAGCCAUUAAAAAUCAGAUUUUCAAAUUGUUUAAUAGCAAAAAGGACAGUGAACCCCACUCAAGAUGAUGAGGAAUUUAGUUUCUCUUAUUUAUAUUUUGUUCGUAAGGCUGUACCCUGUAUCAUUUGGGUCGCCAGAUGCCAGAUUUUGGGCCGGAGUGUCCAGUUUUCUAAUUAUUUUUACAGGUUCGAUUUGUAGUCUCAACUGGACAAUAUAAAUACCCAGUCGGACUAAUAACUGAAUAAAUGAAACUUGACUGCCAGUAUGUAACCAGUUUCAUCAAUGUCCACUGUUACAAUUUUUUUCCACACUCACCACAACCCCUGUAGUAAGGGAUACCUAAGUGCCAAUCACCCC